AUGAUAAACCCAACAAAAACCCAAUUACCAGUACUUUCUAAGGACAUCCGAAGUUACCUUUCUGCUACCCGGAGACUUAAACAAGAGCUGGGAAAGAAUGAUACAGAGGACCCCCCAAGUCCGAUCAGCUAUAGCCUUCAAAAUCCUGAAGAAGAAGAUGAUGAUCAUAAUCUUUUCUUUUGGAAAGGCAUAAUAUAUGGAGCUAUAAACACCCCUUUUGAAGGAGGUAUCUUCCAUCUUUCCUUAAAGAUGCCUCUUGAAUACCCUUUCGAACCCCCAACUGUAAGGUUCAGAACAAAGGUUUACCAUCCAUACAUAGACAAGAAUGGAGUGAUAGACGUGGACAUAUUGGGUGAAAACUGGUCUCCAACUCUAACUAUAGAGAAAUUGAUGCUGUCCAUUUGUUCAUUUCUUUUGCAACCAGACCCUGAACACGAUGUGAAUAAAAUUGCUACCCUUUAUCGUCGCAACAGACGCAAAUAUGAUCAGAUUGCAAGGGAAUGGACUUUGAAGUAUGCAAUGUCCACUUAA